AUGGAGUUUGAGCUUCUAGAAAACGACGUGCUGGAGUCGCUGGAAGACCUGGGUUACAAAGGUCCAUUGUUAGAUGACAAAGCGCUGACUCAGGCAGUCUCCGGUGGAGCCAGUUCCCCUGAAUUCACCAAACUUUGUGCUUGGUUGGUAUCUGAGUUACGGCUGUUUUGUAAACUUGAGGAAAACGUACAGGCAACUAACAGUCCAAGUGAAGCAGAAGAAUUUCAACUUGAAAUGAGUGGAUUGCUGGCUGAAAUGAACUGUCCAUAUGCAUCAUUAACAUCAGGAGAUGUAACAAAACGCCUUCAUAAUCAAAAGAACUGUCUCUUGCUGCUUACAUACCUCAUCUCAGAACUGGAAGCUGCCAGAAUGCUGUGUGUGAACACCCCUCCUAAAAAAGCACAGGAAGGAGGUGGCAGUGAAGUCUUUCAGGAGCUAAAAGGCAUAUGUAUUGCUUUAGGCAUGUCCAAGCCUCCAGCCAACAUAACGAUGUUCCAGUUCUUCAGUGGAAUUGAAAAAAAACUGAAGGAAACUCUAGCAAAGGUUCCACCUAAUCAUGUUGGAAAACCUUUAUUGAAGAAACAACUGGGUCCAGCUCACUGGGAAAAGAUUGAAGCAAUUAAUCAAGCCAUAGUCAAUGAAUAUGAAGUCCGAAGAAAACUCUUAGUCAAACGCUUGGAUGUUACUGUGCAGUCCUUUGGCUGGUCAGAUAGAGCUAAGAGUCAAACAGAAAAACUGGCUAAAGUCUACCAGCCAAAACGUGCCCUCUUAUCUACUAAGUGCACUGUUUCCAUUGCAAAUCUCUUGGCAGCUCGGCAGGAUCUAUCAAAGAUUAUGAGAACAAGCAGUGGAUCCAUCCGAGAGAAGACUGCAUGUGCCAUUAAUAAGGUGCUCAUGGGCAGGGUGCCUGACAGAGGAGGAAGGCCCAAUGAAAUUGAACCACCACCUCCUGAGAUGCCACCGUGGCAGAAAAGACCAGAGGCUGGUUCACAACAAGGUGGUGGCAGAGGAGGAAGAGGUGGCUAUGAAUCCUCUUACGGAGGACGAGGAGGUUAUGACCAUGGGGGUCACGACCGAGGAGGAAGAGGAGGCUAUGACUCUUCAUAUGGAGGGCGAGGAGGUCAUGAACAAGGCGGCCAUGAUCGAGGGGGACGAGGAGGACGUGGCGGUUAUGAAUAUGGUGGCAGAGGAGGUGGAAGAGGAAACAAGCUUCAAGGAGGUUGGACAGAUGGUGGUGGUGGCUACCAGGAUGGCAGCUACAGGGAGAACAACUACAGAGAUACAGGUUUUCAAACAAGUAGCUACCAUGGUGGUGGUGGUGGCUACCAAGGAGGAGGCUAUGGUGGCUACCAGUCAUCUUCAUAUUCAGGAAGUGGCUACCAAGGGGGUGGUGGCGGUGGCUACCAGCAAGACAACAGAUACCAAGAUGGUGGGUCCCACAGUGACCGAGGGGGUGGGCGUGGAGGAGGAAGGGGUGGCCGUGGUGGAAGGGGUGGCCGUGGAGGUCAAGGAGGAGGCUGGGGGGGCAGAGGUGGACAGAACUUUAAUCAAGGUGGGCAGUUUGAGCAGCACUUCCAGCACGGAGGUUAUCAGUAUAAUCAAUCUGGCUUUGGACAAGGAAGACACUUCACGAGUUGAGGCUGCUCAAAACUUUUGCUUCAGCAGAGCUCACGUAAUAGAAACCCAAUUUCAGAGGCCUGGUUUAUUCGCUGCUUGAAUCAGAAGAGGUUUGUAUGUGACAAGUAGAAUCUCUUUGGUUGGGAUGCUUUGCAUUGAGCAAAGGGCAACUCUCCACCCACCCCCAGCCUGUCUGAAAUAAAUGCAUCAUCACUACCCACAGCACCCUAUACAUCAACUAACAGCCAUGGUUUUUAGAUGUUGGGACUGGUUCCCUUUCCACAAAACACUUCUGUGUUCAGAAACUACCUUCUGCUUUGAUUUAGAGAAGUAAUAAGACCUGGCCAAAUUUUUCUAAUACAAUGCACAACAGAACUUGGCAUUUCCCCCUCCCCCCAGAUGAAUUGUUCAAUUACACGUUCUAAAGCCAGUUCUGAGUAUUGCUUUUUGGCUUGCUGACCUCUUGUUUCAGUCACAAAGUCGUUACAGGCACGUGUGCGCGCACACGGUGACCUUCCUCUGACAAACAGGUUUUUGUGUAUUACGUGUGUUCUACUGUGGAUGCCAUGUUCAGUAGCCUUACCUCCUGCUAAACGAAGUUUUCCUACCUGCUCAACAGUGGAGACUGACUGCCGCCAAAAUCUGCAAAGGUCAUUUAAAACUAAGCUAAUUUGUGACCUGAUAGUGUGUGUAUCAGAUAGGCCUGUAGUUAGGUGUAGCAAUUGAAACUGACCUACAUCCAUCCAAAACAAAUUGCUCCUUCUCCAAACCUAAUUUUUACUUGAAGUCAGCUAGAAGAAAUGGUAAACUGAAAUCUCUCCAUUUGCAAGUUAGUACCACUGACUCAGCAAAUCUAGGGCAAUUUGUUUUGGGGGUUGUCUUUCUAAAGAAAUGCACUACGGCCUGGGAAGAUUAGUUCCUGCCUGGAGGAAGCCCUUUUAUUAUUGCUGCAGAAAACAAAGCCUGGCUGAGUUUGAUGUUCUAAUGUCAUUUGUUUUGUUUUGUUUUCUUUACUGAAAGCCACAUAAUGCUUCUUGCUGGGUUUGUUGUGUACAUAAACAUUUGUCAAGCUGUGAAAGAAAAUGGCUGAAGGUGUGCUGUUGUAUAAAAGGUGAGCAA